GAAAAUAAGGCCGACAAAAACACACAAAAUAAAAAUAAAGCCUACAAUAAUAAAUAUAAAUAAUGAGGGAUAGGGAUCGCCGAGACAGAGAACGUGACAGGGAGAGAGAUAGAGAUCGGGACAGAGACAGAGAUAGAGACCGUGAUCGCGACAGACGUCACCGCUCCAAGUCGCCCGCCAGAAGUAGCCGGCAGAGCUCCAAGUCAAAGAAGAAGAAGUCUAAAAAGUCGAAGAAGUAUUACAGAAGGAGUCGCAGCAGCAGUCGCAGCUCAUCGCGCAGUUCUUCCAGCAGCAGGAGCAGUUCCCGCAGCAGGCACAGUAAGAGUCGGAGCAGGGACCAUAAAUCUCGGUCCACGUCCCAACGAACUACCAGAGGUCCGAGUUCCGAGAGCAACUCUAGAUCUGCCACCACGCCAGCAACUGCUCCCGCGAAAGCCAUUGAUCUGCUGGACACAAAAGUGCAAAAGGCACUUGAGACCAUAGACGAGGACAACUUUAAGCCAGCGCCCUUUUUCAGCUCACGGGACUCUAAGGAAGCUUCCGAGAAGGUGAUCAUAGACCUGAAAAACGAAACGGUCACAGUGGCCAACAAACCAACUAUUGCACCCCGAAACGAAGAUGUAAUAUUCCAUCCAAACUUCCUUGGCGACCCGGAUCACAAGGCAGAUAAGUGGCUACGAAAGCUCUACAAUUACCGUCAAAAGUACAUGCAGGAGUAGUUGAGUUUAGACUCUGUAUUUAAGAAAUAAUAAACCUAUGCCUAGAAAAUA